AAAUUUUCGCUGCACCUUAUUAUUCCUGAUUUUCGUAGCCAGCUGUUAGACUAUGACAUUUGUGACCCGAGUGUCCAAUUUCCGGCUAAUCUAUUUGAAAAGUGUUAUCGCAAGUCGAGGUUGUAGAGCCCUUGGCCUCGUUAAUCUGGUAGUGCAAUAUUUGAUUAACGCAAACAUAAAGAAUGCUUAUCGCAUUUUGGUCUCAUUCGAAACUAAAGUGUUCUCUCGUUAACGAUGAUAAUUAUAUUUACAAGAAAAAUAUCAGUUCUCAAAAUAUUGACCGAACUUGUAACGGGAAAUAAAAAGGGUGAUUAAACCAUUAAUUUUUACUUGUUGAUUUUAUUCUGUUCUAAGCGUCUGGGCGCUUAGCACAUGCAUGCUAGUACAUUAUAAAUUAUCAUACAAUGCCAAAUAUGAAUUAAUUAGCUUUCUAUUAUCUAGUCUAGUUAACCUUCGCUCCCGCAUCUAGAUGCAGUGAUUAUUUUUCGUUAACAUCGGUCCGAUUUGUUACAAAUAUAAGGAUAUCGUGAAUAAAAUGUUUCGAGAUGUAAUUUAAUUUGUUUAAAUACUUAAAGCUGAUUCAUAUUAUGAUAUUGUUAGAUCCGCCAUCGUUUAGCUCAUGCGCAUUCAAAAUGGCGUCAAUAGAGUGCUUAGAUCGAGCGAAAAUGGGUGUCGCAUAGACCUUGCUAUUUUUAAAAAUUACUAGGUGAACUGUCAACAACCUAAUCGGUAUUAUAAAUUGAAAAUAAAACUUUGAUUGGUUACACGUCACCGUUUUCGACAGUAAAGAAGCAAAAGAGGCGGUAGAUCGGAUACAUAGAUCAGAAUAUGCACAGUCUGAAACGGAGUUCCUAAUUUUUUAAUUAACGUCCUAAUUUCGUACGUAGAAUGAGUUUUAUGUAUAAGGGUGUAACAGUCUUACGUUUAUUCGUACUUUACAUUCAUUUAAUUCUUGCUUUACGUUAAUUUGCAUUUGCUUAUCUCUCUUCAUUAUUAGGGAUGCUAAUAGCCUGUUGGGGCCCACUAAUAUUUCUCUGUUGCAGCCAUUUUGCUGGAUGAAUACUUUUUUUUUACAUUAUUUUUGAGACACCCUGUAUAGCUCGAGCUAUAAACGUAACUACAACCCCUAACGGGUUCUUACGGAGAACAAUGGGAUAAAUACAUUUGCCCUCGAGGAUCCGUUACCUCGAAGUAAUUAGUUCUAGGUUCCGAGUAAUAUAGAUCCGUCACUGCUUAAAUCGGGAGUUAUAUACAUCGCGGCGCUAGUAACUCUGACACCGGCUCUGGUUGCUCUGGUUCCAAAGAUGGUUUCGAACCUGAGAAACAUUAAACUGCUUGCCAAGACCUUCGAAAAUUCUCUACUUUAUUAGCAAUCGAAGCACGUAUCCAAGACAAACCUUCUAUAUUACAGUAUUUAAUUACAGUUUUAGCUUCGAUCGAGGCAUGCGAGUCCAUAUGACGAAGCGUACGCAAUCAUCGAGGUCACGAUAGCACCUCAGAUAAUUAAAAAGCCGCGCUAUUCGACGACACGCCUUUCGCCGAUUAGAGUAUUGAACUCGUGCGAAGUGCAACGGCACCGUGCUAUCCCUUUUUCAUAAAAGUAGCGCAUUACGCGCGCCAAACGUCAGUUGGCCGUAGCAGCCGAUGACGCGUUCUACCUGAACGUAGUCGCGAAUUGAAUGUGCGAGCUGCCGGCUGUCACAUGCAAGCCAGUUAUCCCGUCGACGCGGUGCGUCGUUGGCGUGUGUGCGAAGUAUGUUCGCUCGUUUAUCCGCUGUUUGUUCGGCAUUUCGGAUCGAGUAUUUCUGUUGUCGUCGCUGAUCGGUUCGGUUCAUUCGACGAAAGUUCGACCUUCGAAUAUGACAUGCAUUGGAACGCAACGCCAGUGCCGUAGCUGCGGCCGAAACAGAAGAAGAAAAGUCCGCGUAGGCGCAUCGUCGUUGGGAAAGGAAGCAGCAGGAAGCAGUCGUCGCCGUAGCUUGACAUAACCGUGUUGCAUCGCGCAGGGACGAACGUAUUUCCCGGAAACGUAACGAGACGAGAGGAAUCGAGAAGCUACGAUCAGGGAACAUUGGGAGACAUUGGGAGACAUUGGGAGGAAUCUCUGAGAGAGAGAAGGCAUCGCACGGGGUGAGGCCUGGUCGAGGGAAGCAACGAGGUAUACGAGGUUCGACGUCGAGAGGGGCGAAGUUCAAUGCAUCGGUGAAAAUUGGGGAGCAUCGUUCGCGACAAAAGAGGGUGCUUCGGUGUUGUAUAUGUCAGUGAUCGGUGAAUAUAGACGAUCCUUGUUCCUCGCGGAGGAAAGCGAAAGGUGGGAGAGAGAUAUAGAGAGACACUGUCCGUCGGCAGCGUUACCGGCGUUUCGAACCACUUUAAGGUCGUGGGCCACCCUCCCGACCGCGAGGGAAGCUAGCGCGUGAAUGUGUUGGAAGCAGUGGCCCCGUGUUCGUUUUCGUCGUCGUCGUCGUCGUCGUUGUGAUCGACGGGAAAACGGUCCGGCACCGUGGAAAUCGUCGAGAACGUUACACCGAUGGCCCUACGCGUCUCAUCGAUGCAACGGCGCGUUUCGUGAUCGCGGCCACGACGGGAACGUCGAUGAUGCCGCGGAUAUCGUUUUCUCCGCGCGGACGGACGGCGGGCCUCGUGAUCGUCCCUCGGAUCGAUAGGCACGUAAAAAAGAUCGAACAAUAAUCGUCGAGCAGGAGUCCCCCACCACCCCCCGGAGGUUAGGCCUCCGAGAUACAAAAGGAUCCUCGCUCGAAGAUGAACUCCAUGAUAUAUACCCUGUACGGGUUCGCGAUAUUUUUCAUGGUAUUCUGGUCGGUGAUGUGGAUCAUUCACGUGCUGGCACUGAUUGCUGGUCGAUGGAAGCUUCACCGUAAAAUCAGCCAAGUGCCGAGCUACGAGACCCCGUUGCCCGGCGUCUCGAUCAUCAAACCGCUGAUGGGCGUCGAUCCGAAUCUGUUCAGCAACUUGGAGACGUUCUUCACCAUGGAGUAUCCUCGUUACGAGCUGCUUUUCUGCGUGGAGGACGACCUGGAUCCCGUUGUGAUAUUGGUGCAACAACUGAUGGGACGUUAUCCGGAAGUGGACGCGAGGCUGUUCGUUGGCGGUCGUAACGUGGGCGUGAAUCCGAAAAUCAACAAUAUGCAGCCGGCGUACGAAGCGGCGAAACACGAGUUUGUGUUGAUCAGUGACAGUGGUAUCAAGAUGAAGGAGGACACGCUAUUGGACAUGGUUAAUCACAUGACGGACAAUGUGGCGUUGGUGCAUCAGAUGCCGUUCACUUCGGAUCGCGAGGGUUUCGCCGCCGUUUACGAGAAAGUAUUCUUCGGCACGGUCCAGUCGAGGAUGUAUCUCGCGGCCGAUUUGCUGCGAAUAAACUGUCACACAGGGAUGUCGGCGCUACUGAGGAAGGCGCCCCUCGACGAAGUAGGCGGAUUGAAAACGUUCGGCGUUUACCUGGCCGAAGACUUUUUCUACGCGAAGUCGUUGACCGACCGCGGUUGGCGCAUCACGGUGUCCUCGCAGCCGGCGUUGCAGAACAGCGGUCACUGCGAGCUGCAUUCCUUCCAGGCAAGGUUACGAAGGUGGGCGAAGCUCAGGGUGGCGAUGCUGCCCACCAUGAUCGUGCUGGAGCCGUUGAGCGAGUGCUUAGUGUUAGGUGCCUGUGCUUCCUGGGCGGCCAGCGUACUAUUCGAGUGGGACUCCCUUGUUUUCUAUUUGGUACACAUACUGUUGUGGUUCAUGUUCGACUGGACGCUGUUGUGCGUUGUCCAGAACGGCCCGUUACCGUUCAACAAAUUAGAGUUCGUUUGCGGAUGGUUGCUCAGCGAGAUCACCAGGCCCUAUCUUUUCCUCCAGGCGGUUCUAGAUCCUCUGAUACAGUGGCGAUCGCGCGUUUAUAAGCUCAGGUGGGGCGGCGUCGCGGAAGAGGUUAAGGCGAAAGUCAAAUACUAAGGGACGCGGACAUACGUUCUCUUUUUCCGUCUCGCUUACCUUUUCACUUUCUUAGGUUUAAUUAACACAUUGUGGACCAUACUUACCGACAACGCGUUGCUUGCGAAUAAACGUUUAAGGGAAACGUGGCAAUUCGACCGGGAACCUUAUCGUCGACAUCUUCGAGUCGGUGGCGUAACCAGCGAUUAUGCGAAAAUUUAUGGUCCGGGGGCCCUUUCACGGCAGCGUUACCCAAACUUGCUCAGCCACGGGACACUUACCUUCUUUGAUACUGUUUAGUUAUCGAUAUGGAAACUAUUAUCCUACUAAUUAACUUCGUUAUCGCUCUCAUAGUUAGUAUCAACUAUUCAUGGCCAUAAUUCCUUGUAUAUCGGGUUGUCCAGAAAGUUCGUGCCAAUUUUUAAGAAACAUUCAGACACGUUUGAAUUUCGAUACACAAGUCACGCUAUUUUCUAAUAUUUACGCUAUGUCACGAUUACACUUAAAAAAAAAAAUACUUCUGCCGGUUACAGUGUUACUUUCGUUUUGUUGUAGUAGCUACUUUCUAGGUUGUCCGGAAAGUUCGCGUUAAUUUUUAAAACAAAUUCAAAGGCACGUUUGAAUUUUCAUAUAUAUUUAUUGAAUUAUACAUGUACCAUUUGUAUAGGUACCAUUUUAUUCCACAAUUUUUUCCACCUUUUAAGGGAUGUCCACGUGUUAUUUGUUUUCAACCAUUCCGAUAUAUUCAGACCUGUACCGCCUACUAAAAAUCGGCAUGGACUUUCCAGACAACCCGAUAUAUCCCAUUAGCACUCGUACCCUCUAUCGAGGAAAUUUGUCUAAAUUAAACGACACACUUACUGUCUCCAAAUAGAUACUUUGUUGUAUACAGAGUGUUAAAAAAAAAUCAUUCAGUAUUCACAUGGUGUAUAGGGCAGACUGUACCGAGUAAAAAAGCUUUAGUAAACAUACGUCCAAAAGUGUGCCGUUUCUGUGAUAUAAACAUUUUUGUUUGCUAGUAUCACGAUUAGAAUCUUUAUGCACUUGCAGUAAAUUUGAAUUUGCAAGAACCUACAAAGUGCAAACAAGAUGCAAGAACAUGAAAAAGAUUGAAGGUAAAGUUCGUGUUGUAAUAUUUGCAGAAUAAAGUAAAUUCUUAUUUAAGGUCAGUAUUUGUAGGUACGUUCGCGAAGAUUGUAUAUUGCAUAAAGAUCCGCAGUAUAAUCGCGAUUUACUUACUACUGGGUUUUUCGAUAUUUACAGAAGAUUUUCUUUCUGUACACGAAAUUAAAAAAAAUUGAAAUUGCCGAAAUUAAAAAAAAUUGAAAUUGCCGAAAUUGUCGGCAUUUGAAUGGGAACAUUCAGAACGCAAUUUACGGAAGCAAGUAAGUCAAUCGCGAUACUAGCAAACAAUAAUGUUUAUACCUCAGAAACGGUUCACCUUUGGACCUAUGUUUACUAAAGCUUUUUUACUCGUUGUCAGUACAGGGUGCCUUAUACACCAUAUAAAUAUUGAACGCUUUUUUUUUUGAACACCAAAAAUUGAUUCGGAAACACCAAGCCAAUUAUUUCAUUUAGACAUAGAGGGUAUACUCGUGACUUUAUAUCGCAUACAGGUAUAAGUAAUUCGUACAACCAGAGGCUUGCUUCUCGACUAAUACUCGAACGCAUUUUACUUUGAAUUCAAAGUAAAAACACACUUGUACAAUUUAUAGUAUCACGUAGUCGAUAAUCGUGCCCGUACGCUAAGUAAGGAAAGUUACACGCGUAAAUACGAAAACAAUAAAAAAUUGCCAUUCGCAGAAGCGAAGAUAAAACUAUUUUCUUAGACGCCGGUGCGAUAUAUAAUGUUUAUACGAAGCCUGCCGAAACGAGGUGUUCCGCGAUCUAUUCGAUUAUUGGCCUGUGCUGGUAGGCGAAUAACAAAAAUAACGUUGAAAGUAACAUUAACGCAGAGAUGCCGUGCCUGUAAUUACUAUGCAAAAGUUACUUACGUUUUAUUUCUCUAAUUGGUAGUCGAGAUUUUUGGCGUUCCUAGGGCCCAUUGUUUGGGAAAUGCUGUUUCAGGGAGAAAGUUAAUCCCCUCUCGCGAUUACUGUUACGAAAAAAAUGCAGAAAAAUCGCCAACGCCGUUCGUGAAACAACAUUUAACGAAUUAUACGAAAUCGGGUAUGAAACGAAAGAGGUGUGUACAGUUAAAAAGAAAAUAGAGUAAUCGAAAAUUAACCGAUAAUUAUAUUUAUUUUUUUGUUACGAGUUUCGGGUCCCGCAGUUAUGCCACUGCUUCGAUAUCUUACUCUGGGGAGGGGCGGGUGGGGGGGGGGAAGGAGGGGACGCUGUCACUGUUGCCAUUUAUCUUGUACUUUAACAAUGGAAUUUCAGUGUCGUUUAGGGGGGGGAAAAAAAAAGGAACUCGUCAAUUAACGUAGACGGUCCACAAUGCGUUAAGAUAAGGGCAAUGUGACCAGAUAUAUAAAAUUCCAGUGUUGGGGCAGCACGAACCGAAAACGUUACCUCCCUUUUCUUGAACGGGGUAAUCCGAAAAGUUUCUUCCUUCCUUUUCGUUUCUUUCUAUCGAACUCGUUCCACGAACAUCCGGAUGUUUCCGCUUACUAAAAUUACUGCGAAGUUAGAUAAGAUUGUUACGAGGAACAGAGAGCAAAGAGAAAAAAAUAUUUAUUGAUAUAUAUAUAUAUAAGGCAAGAAGAAUGAUGAUAAAAACGAUUAUUAAAACUUAUCCGGGAGAACGAUUAGUACGAGGCGGAUAUGCCGUAUCUGAGCAUAUCGCACACAACUAUGGAGAAAUCUGGUCACGUUUGUUAACGCGUACAUUUACUAUACACAUGCAACAGCGUCGAUGUUCCUUUCCUUUUUUUUUUUUUUUUCAAUAUCCGAUACAUUAAUCUAUUACGCAUACAGUACUUAUUAUACUUGCAUUGCAUUGCGACGAGGAAAAAAUACACGCCGUAUACGCACGACACACACACACACACACACACCGAAUAGGAGGAUGAAUAUAUCGCGUACGUGUACACGUACACGCGCAAGCGUUUUACGUAAAUACGAUAAUCGCAUUUAAAGCGUAAGGAUAUGCAUGUCGGCCAUGAUUUUCGAUAAAUUCACGUAUUUCGCGAGAAUGUUCGAUUUUGUAUCCGAACGACUAGAAUCGAUUCGCUGGUCAAUUCCUGUGGAACUGUUUCGUAAGUUACGAAUUAUGCUUCGCGUAUACUUCGAAAUUUUCGGGUUCAAUCUGCGUAUUUGUAUUUGAAUCGUUACAAAGAAAAAAAGAUUAACCAGAAAUGAAAUAAUUUCGUACUUUACGAGAGGCUGGCAACCUCUGGAGUCGAUUCUUGGGUUUGAAUAAACCGAUUCGUCUCGGAAUCGAAUAUCCCCAAUAUUCAUCGAUUCGUGACAAUACAUUCACACUCGCGCUACAUUUUUUCUGGACGGGUUUCUCUAUCGCCUACGAUAGGUUAUGUUGUCGGGCGAAAAGAUAGAUAAUUCUGACCUUUUUUUUUUUUUUCUUAACAAUCCAGAAACGGGGCAGACGAGGUCUCUCGUCGCGAGUACACUCCCCCGCGAAAUUAUUGAUGCGUUCUAAUGAAACGAUUCCCGCGAGUAAACACGGUUGCGAAGGAAACACGUAUCGCGGUCGACUUGACACCUUGUUGAUGUAGUGCCACAUGGGCUCGGAAUAUUUGCACGCUUGUUAAUUUUGUCGCUGCAAUAGAUAUAACGGUAUUGAAUGUCGUGUUCGAUGAUUAUCGUUCGUAAUUUUUUUUUUUUUUACACCUUCCACGAGCGAAGCUUCGAGCAAUUUGAAUUCGUCGCGUGGCAACGGAGAUUCUCGAAGCAUCCUGAGUGUGAAGGUUACUUUUUCUGCGCGUAAUAAAAGUAAAUUUGAAGGAGAAAAUGUGAUCGUAGAACGUUAACGUCGAAUAGCGAUAGUAUUCGUUGCUAAAUAAUGCGUUGUGCACCUAGAUUGUUUCUGAAACAAAAGGAUCGAAGGAAAGUGGAAUUGAGGUACGCGAUUGAUAAAUUAGUUAAUUAAUCGUGUACAGAUGGCGCGCACAUGUUCAUCGUUUUAGAGUCUCACGUCCUAUAGAGAUACUAUACAGGGUGUACCAAAAAUGUUGGAAGUCCUUGAUAGGGGUGGUUCAGGGGGUGAUUUGAAACAACUUUUUCCUUAGCGAAAAUGUUGUCCGAGGUUUCGUUAAGAAGAUAUUAAGCAAAAACCUCGACCAAUCAGAGCGCGAGUAUGCCGGUUGAGCGCAGGCUACGCGCUAGGGGGCCGCGCUCAUACGCUACCGCGAGCGCUCUCCAUCGGCAUUCUCGCGCUCUGAUUGGUCAGUGUUUUCCGUUAAUAUCUCCUCAACGAAACCUCUGACAACAUUUACGCUAAGGAACAAGUUGUUUCAAAUCACCUCCCGAAUCACCUCUUUCAAGGUGUUACAACAUUUCUGGGACACUCAGGUAGAGAACAGUGAUGGGCAAAACCGUAGGCUGUGUGUUUGUCUUGUUUCCUCUUUCAAAUAUUUUCCAAAAAAGGAAACGAGACAAACAUAUUGGCAAACUUGAGAUUUAUUCGAAACCUACGGUUUUGCCCAUCCCUACUAGGGGAGAUAGUCUUUCAACCGUACCACAGAUAAAAAGAGAAAGAAGACCGCGUUGCUCUAUCUGUCUUCGUCCACCAGCGCAUGCGAAACGAGUGCAUGGUUUCUUCUGAAUAUUUCCUCACCGAUUCUUUAUUAAAUUCAAUUCCCUCAGCUUUCGUCUAUUUCAAUUCGUAAUAUACAGUACUAAAUCAACAGCCAAUGACAGUCCGACUCUUACGACGCAUGCUUUGGUAGACGGAGAUUUCCCUUCUCUUUCUAACGGUGGAACGUUUCCACUUACAGGCAGGUCUAUGUCUACCCUGCUCUAUCCUUAAUAUCUAUGCUUCUACAUCGUGCUACAUCGUUCGAGAAGUGCCAGGAAGAUAAUAGUGCUUCGCUGAGAUUCGCGACCGUGUUCCCACCGUGAAAAAAAAGUCUCGAGUGUAUCUGGCAAGUUUUUCAAAAUUUGUAUUUUUCCAGCUAGGCUUUUAGGCUCCGUGGAUCUAAUUCAGUCGCAUGAAUACAGAGGGUCGCGAGUGUAAAAGUAAGGUUAGCUUCGAGUCGUUCUCAAAACCUUGCGCGCGUAACGAUCAGAUUUUGAUGAAACUGGAAUAUGAGUCGGAAUCGUAGCAGGGUGAUGUAGGGUUCGUAAUUAUGGGUGUGAUUUUACAAACAUCGUUUUCUCUCGGUUCUUUUCUUCUUUUUUUUUUUUUUUUUUUGUCUUUGUUUAUUCAGUAUUAUAUUUAUGUGUAUCCGAGAACGUUCCUCCUGUCUAAAUAUGUACGCUGUUUAUUAAUCCCUAGAAGCCUUAUCCACGGAAAUGACGUUAUCGCGGCAAUUAAUUAAUCAAUCGUUUACAGUGAGUGAUUCACGCGCGAGUUAUUCAAUUUCUAUUCCUUUAACACUGAUUAGUUCGAAAUUUUUCAAUCCGUAACUCCCGUUGGAAUUUAUAUAUUUUGUCACGUCAGUCGAGAGGUGUAGGACGUUUAAUGAAAAUUUAUAAUCUGGCUCUCAUUGGCUUCUGGGGAGGGGGGGUGGUUGUUGUUA